AUGUCCUCACCAAUGCCCCUCUCUACCAAGAUCGCUCACGUCACAGCGAUUGAAGCCGGCGCGGAACAUGCCUUUGUAAAGCCAGACCCCCAUCUUGACUACGCCAUUUCCAAUACAGCCAAAAACGGCAUGCCGUCCAUCCAGGUGUCCGCUUUACAAGGCCAGCUCCUCGCCAUCCAGGCCCGCUUCAUCGGCGCCAAGACAGUUCUUGAAGUUGGUGCUCUCGGCGGCUACUCUACCAUCUGUCUGGCUAAGACAGGCGCCAAAGUGACAAGCAUCGAGAUUGAUGCGAAGCACAGCGAUGUCGCUAGCGAGAACCUCCGCGCUGCGGGAAUCGAACCGGACAUUAUCCUGGGUGACGCGCGGGAUGUCCUCCCAAGACUCGUGGGCGAGGGCAGGGUAUUUGACAUGGUCUUUAUCGAUGCUGACUGGGGCCAGCACGCAGACUAUUUUGACUGGGCUGUCAAGCUCACCCGCAAGAAUGGCUGUAUUUUUGUAGAUAAUGUUGUGCAGGAAAUCAUUAGCUGUCAUGAUGGCGGUGUGGGAGAGGGCACACUGGUCGCGAGGGUUGGCGCAGAGCAGAACGUGACAGCAACGCUUGUGCCAAAGAUUACAGGAAGAGAAGGCGUGGUGGAUGAUGCAUUCAUCGAUGGGUUCCUCAUUGCCAUUGUCAUCUGA